AUGCUUUCUUUUGGAAGUGAUCGAUUCCUGGUGGAUGAGGUACAAAUUAUUCGCUGUCGUGGGGGAGUAGCUGUGGGCGACUACCACAGCGCAACAGACGGCGUGAAAAUUGUCAAAACGGCAAGUGGACAUUUUGAUAAAUGUGCGAAUACUGUGCGCAAUUAUUCCCGCAGGGACGACGUGUAUCGAUCGAGUCUGCUUGGUACCUUUGUUGUGACGAAGGCAGUGUGGCUCAUUAUGUGCCAGCAAAAUUACGGCCGCAUUCUUAACUGGAUAUCAGGCACUGGACUUUACGGUAACUUUGGGCAGGUCAAUUACGCUUCUAUGAAAUUGGGACUAGUAGGCUUCACGUUGGCGCUGAAUCGCGAAGUUUCAGGUAUGAAGUCAAACAUCGCUGUAAAAUUUUAUUUUAUAAAGAGAGAAUAA